AUGAAACGAACAGACGAACAGACGAACGGACGGACGGCGAUACAGGAACGAACAGACGAACGAACGGAACAGGGCGGCCAGAUGCAGGAACGAAAAGACGAACGGACGGACGGCCCCAGUCAGGAACGAAUUGAGACAGACGGACGGUCCAGAUACAGGAACGAAAAGACAAUGAACAGACGAACGGACGGGACGGCCAGAUACAGGAACAAACAGACGAACGAACGGACGGUCCGGGUACAGGAACGAACAGACCGACGGACGGGCGGCCAGAUACAGAACGAACAGACGAACGGACGGACGGCCAGAUACAGGAACGAACAGACGAACAGACGGGACGGUCAGAUACAGGAACGAACAGACGAACGAACGGACGGUCAGAUACAGGAACGAGCAGACGAACGGACGGUUAGAUACAGGAAUGAACAGACGAACGAACGGACGGACGGCCAGAUACUGGAACAAACUGACGAACGGACGGCCAGAUACAGGAACGAACAGACGAACGAACGAACGGACGGCCAGAUACAGGUACGAACAGACGAACGGACGGCCAGAUACCAUUAA